AUGAUCUUAGAACGCUUAGUCCCUCAAUCAUUUGGCUCGGCCGUUUUGAUUUUUCUUGCAGUUAUCUUAACACGCCUCAUAUAUAACAAAUACGGAUAUGGCCUGAAUGACAUACCCGGUCCAUGGCUGGCAGCCUAUACGGAUAUAUGGAGACUUUUCGUCGUUCGAGGUCGCAGGGCCCAGGAGGUACAUAUUGAACUACACAAAAAGUACGGGCCUGCUGUUAGACUCGGGCCGCGAGCUAUCUCUAUUGCGGAUACGGAGGCAUUGAAGAUCAUUUAUAGUCCAAGUGCAGGAUGGUCAAAGUCAAAGUUCUAUCCCGUACAACAAGCUUUAGCGAAAGGAAAAAGACUCGAGACCAUGUUCAAUACGGCCAACGACAAAUACCACGCCAGACUCCGACGAUCAGUCUCGAACGCCUAUGCCAUGAGUACACUUGUCACAUUUGAACCAUUUGUUGACUCGACUUCGACCGAGUUUAUCAGGCAACUCAAGCUUCGGUUUGCUGAUCGUUCCAACGACGCGGGUAUUUGUGAUUUUGGGGCUUGGUUGCAAUUCUAUGCUUUCGAUGUCAUCGGCGAAUUAACAUUUUCGAAAAGAUUGGGGUUUGUUGAACGAGGUGACGAUAUUGAUAACAUCAUUCGGGAUUUGGAAAGUUUCUUGAAUUACGUGUCAUGGAUUGGCCAAAUCCCAUUUCUAGAUAACUUGUUCAUCAAGAACCCCAUCAAAAUAUGGAUGGUCAAGAAUGGGUUCCUCAACUCAAGUGCACCUGUUGCAGAGUUUGCCCGAAAGCAUCUCGUCGAACGCCAGAAAGAGGAAGAAUCAGGCUUAGAGAAAACUCCCAGAAGAGACUUCUUGAACCGAUUCAAGGAAGCGCACAGAAAGGACCCCGAAUUCAUUACUGAGCAACUCGUUUUGGCCCUGACGGUAGCUAACAUGUUUGCGGGCUCUGACACAACCGGCAUAACAUUACGAGCUGUCUUUUACUACUUACUGAAGGAUCCUCCAAAGAUGGAAAGCCUUCUUAAAGAGCUCGCGGCCGAGAGCAAGGCCGGUCGGUUCUCAAGAGAUGACGGACUCGUUCAAUGGGAAGAAGUUAGGGAACUGCCCUAUUUGAGUGCCGUCAUUAACGAGGCACUCCGUUGUCACCCGGCAGUCGGCCUUACACUGGAGAGACUUGUUCCACAAGGUGGCGUUACACUGGCCGGACAUUUCAUUCCCGGUGGCAACAUCGUUGGUUGCUCACCAUGGGUCAUUCAUCAAAACCAAGAGGUUUAUGGUCCUGAUGCCGCAGAUUUCCGCCCUGAGCGUUGGAUUGAAUCGACACCUGAACAACGAAAGAAGAUGAAUAGUUGCCUACUAUCGUUUGGAGCUGGAGCUAGGACAUGUGUGGGCAAAAACAUCUCCUUGUUGGAGCUUUACAAGCUUGUGCCAACCAUUCUGAGGAUCUUUGAGCUCGAACUCGUCAACCCAGAGACUCCGUGGAAGCUUCACAAUGCUUGGUUUGUUAGACAAAUGGGCUUCAAUGUGAGGCUCAAGGAAAGGGAUAAGAUUAUCUAG